AUGAACGCAGUAAAUUUCAUGAAAUUUGGCCUUGUACCCGUUAAAACAAACACAAUAUUUUUAAAUAGUAUUGUGCGAAAAUAUGUUCGACCAUACAAAACUACGGUUAGUCAAAUCAAAAAAGGAGAGGUCAUUGAACAUAAAAAUCGACAUUAUAUGGUAACAAAGAUAGAUUCUCACUUUACAGGAAGGGGAAGUGCGGCCACUAAGUUUGAAUUAAAAGAUGUCAUAACCGGAAAAGUAAUUGUGGAAAGAUUAAGGCCUAGUGAAUCAUUCGAAGUAUCAACCCUUUCCGAUAAAUCUUAUACGUACUUGUAUUCCGAUAAAAAGAAGGUAUAUCUAUCCAAUCACGAUACUUUUGAAGACAUCGAAAUCGAUGCCGAUAAAAUUGAAGGUGGCGAAAAGUAUUUACAAUUAUUGGAAGAUGAUAUAAAAGUCACAGUUUCAUUUUUAGAAACCGAAGAAGGGAUAAAUCCAAUUUCAUUUCGUCUUCCUCAAAUGCAUGCUUAUAGGGUUGUUGGUUCAACAUCUAUCGUUGGUAAUGCCUCUAAAGGUACAGCCAUGAAAGUAAUAGAAAUACGCGACGGUAUUCAAGUUCAAGUUCCGGAAUUUAUAAAUGUCGGAGAUAAAAUCAUUAUUACUCUAAACGAUUUAAAAUAUAUUAAAAGAGCAUAG